GCGCCACAAGGCCAGCCCUGCGGAUUCCGCGGAUACCUGUUGUCUGCGUCAGGGCGGUCCAUGUACUAUAUAAGACCUCCUGUUACCCCCGGCCCCUUUAUUUCCGACAUUCUUGCACAUAAACAACUAUUUAAAAGUCAAAUUGAAGUUGAACAGUGAACCACAUGAAGUGAUGUGCGCGAGUGGUCGAAAUUCCUCAAUAGGUCGAGCUAGCCUAAGAUUGUCUAAAAACUGCUUAUUAUGUUGAGGGAAGGUGUAUUAAUAAUAUCAUGCCUUGCAAUGGCUUAUGUUUUAUCAAAACCAGUUGCUCAUCAUAGGGCUAAAAGAUGGGAGGAUUUCCCAAAUUUGACUUUCACUUUUGACUGCAAUGACCGUGCUGUCGGUUUCUAUGCUGAUACCGAACACCAUUGCCAGAUAUUCCACAUGUGCGAUGAAGACGGGAGAAGGAUCCCUUAUAUAUGUGCCAAUGACACAUCGUUCAACCAACAGUACAGGGUCUGUGACUGGGACUACAACGUAAACUGUAAAGAAGCGCAAGACUGGUAUUACUUAAAUGAGCUCACAUAUGUAACUGACCCACCCAAAACAGCCAUCGAUAAUAAUCACCUGUAAUUAUCUGAAGCAAUGUCCUUUAGAAGAGGACAAUGAAAAAGCUACAUUUCAUUGUUAUAAAAUAUUCUUAGUGAAGUGUAUAUAAAAUAAUGAAAGUCCUAUUAAGCUUAAGUUGAAGAAUAUCCUAUAAUCUUAAGUUUGUUUCAAUUUUUGGAC